AUCUAGAAGCUCCCAGCCACAAGCUUCAAAUGGAUUUUCAAGGCCUUAAAGAUGAUCUACAAGAGGAUCUUAAGGCCAAACUUGAGGAGAUGAAAACUAUGAUGAGGCAGCUUCUGAGAGAAAGCCAAGCAUGGAACAGGGCUGCCUGCACCUCAGCAUGUCAUCAGAUGCAUCCUCCUCUGGCCUCACCCCUGCCAGACGGCAUUCCCACAAUGCCCUGCGGUGCCCCCCUAUUUCGCCAGAGGCAGGAGGUGCUGCCCCCUAUUGGCUCUGCACCCAAAAAGCAGCAGCAGCAGCAGCAACAGCAGUCUGGGGGCCUCGGAGCUGCCUGCACUUCCUCCUCUAUGACAUCAAUCAUUCAGGACUACCCACCUCUGCUGAAACCCUGUGGACUCCCUACACCAGGUGCCCUGCAUCCACUUGUUAGGAGGGACUUGACCAGGCUUAACCACGCCCAUUCACUGAAGCCGCUCCCCCAGAGAAGCUGCCCCGUUGUCAAGAGCAACAGCAACAUCUCCAUGGUGCCAGCUCCACCUGCUGUUGCCGAGGUGAUGGGUGAUGGUGCAAGGAAGCCAAAGAACAUCAGAGGUAGGCGCAUUGUGAACCCUGUCUGUGGUGAAGACGUCAGCUGCCAAUCUAGCAGCACUCCAUUCAUCAGCCAGUCUUUGGAGAUGUCUGAGGGUAACACUGACCUCAGCCGCUACAUCAGCGUGUCCGCCUGCUCAGGCAAAAACAGCAGCCUCAGCCUGGUGGACUUUAGGACCCCGUCUGAGCAGCAAGGCCCAUCCUCCUCCUUCGGAACCCCGACUCCCAGAAUGCUCUCCUCUACCGUCCCUCAGCCUCCACAGACAGCCAAACCCCAAUCAAGGAGCGGAUUGGCUCACAGCAGAUUGCCCCGCUUGGUGAAGUCAACAUCACACAGUGUGGUCACUGCUGUUGAAGUGAGGGAGUGUGAGAGAGCGAGAGAGGUGAAGCAGACGAGGGAGAUCCAGCAGACCAAGGAGCUGCCAGAGUUGCGGCAGCUGCCCUCUGUGCCCAACCCAGGCCAGACCCUCCGGCAGGCCUUCAAGUUUAUCAGUGAUGAGGACUGGGAGAAGAAGGUGGAUGCGCUGCUCUACAUCCGCUGCCUCUCUCAGAACCACGCUGAGGUGCUGCUGCCCAGCCUGCACCAGCUGUGUGUGGCCAUCAUCCAAGAGGUGAACAACCUGCGUUCGGUCGUGGGCCGCACUGCCAUGGUGACGCUGGCGCACCUGUUUGCCGGCCUGGGCCGGGAGAUGGACAUAGAGGCAGAUGCUAUAGCCGAGGUGCUCCUGAAGAAGAUGGGGGAUACCAGUGCCUUCAUCAGGCACGACGCACAGCUGGCACUUAGCCACAUGGUGCUCAACAUCACCCCUUCACGGAGCAUGAACGCACUCCUCAACACGGGCCUCAGGCACCGUAAUUGCACUGUGAGGGCGAGCGCUGCCCAGCACCUGAGCAAGGUGGCCGAGAUCAUGGGCACGUCCCGUAUCCUGAGCGGCAAGAAGGAGCUGACUGGCUGCUUCAUCCAGGCCAUCAGCCACUUCGCCUUCGACCCCGCACAGGAAGUCAGGACCCAUGCCCGCAACACCCUGACCUUCCUCGCAACACACCCUAACUUCAUUGAGAUGGUACGCAAAUUCACUCCUAUGAAAGACCAAGUCGCCAUCAAAGACAUCAUCAAAAAACACCAGCGCAAAUAAGGAAUGCACUUUGUCAUACUGGAGCCAGUUGAAGGAAAUAUGAUGCAGGCAGAAUACAAAAGAGAGGAGAGAGGAGAGAACAACAUACUUUCUGCUUUGUCCAGUGUGACUCGACUCUAGCCUGGUUUUACCAUUCCCUCAUACUAAUUUCAUUUGUACAGAUGCUGUUCUGGGAGGGGUUUGGUGUUGCUACCAGGAAACUGGCUAGUCGGCAAAUGAGGGAGGGGUAGCACACAGUUCAAACAAGAACAAUGAGUUCACCCCUACCAGUUGUAGUCGUUUUUCACUGUUGUGAAAAAAAUGAGUAAGUGGAUAAAAUAGGACGUGUGUUUCAAAUUUCACCAGAGUUCGCCCCUCCCUCCAUUAAACGUUUCUCAGUUUGGCAUUUCCAGACCAUCUGUACGAAUUAAAUUAGGAUGAGAGGAUGGUAUAACCAGGCUAGUAUGACUCCAGCAUCUGCCAUUUCCAUGACAACAUGUGUGUAGAGAGAGGAGGGCUUGUACACUCUCGUUCCAUCUCGGCAACUCAUCCUACCCUACACUCGCUUCCAGACUCCCGGCCCCACCCACCCAGCCACUAUGCACUCUGUGCCAUCAGUCACUUAACCUCUUCC